GGGCAGGCUACUCUAAUAUCACUUAUCGGAAGCAGCAUGAUGAUGAUGGUUUCUUUUCAGAAAUAGGGAAGAAUUUAACAACAUCACAGAACUGACCAUUGCCAACAAUAUGAAUAACCACAACUCUGUUCCAAAGAAGGCUAAAUUGGAUGAGCUUGGAGAAUUUGACAAAUUAUUCCCUGAACUACUUGAAUGUUUAAAUGAAGGAUGCUCAAAGGAGAAAGAGCUAGAUAAAGUAUUAAGUUGGUUCAAAGAGGUUUCAGAGUAUAAUGUUCCACAUGGGAAGAAAAACAGAGGCCUAUCUGUCAUUGCCUCUUUGAGAUGUUUCAAAGAAACUCUUUCAGAGGAGGAAGAAAAAAUUGCCAGAAUAUUAGGAUGGUGUAUAGAAUGGUUUCAAGCAUUUUUCCUUGUUGCUGAUGACGUAAUGGAUAGUUCAAUAACAAGAAGAGGGAAGCCAUGUUGGUACAAGAAGGAGGGAGUAGGUCUGGUGGCCUUGAAUGAUGCUAUUUACUUGGAGUGCUGUGUGUACCACAUCUUGCGUAAAUACUGCAGACACAAAACAUACUAUGUUGACAUAGUGGACUUGUUUCACCAGACAUGUAUGCAGACAGUGAGAGGUCAGUGCCUUGAUCUGAUCACAGCUCCCUCUGGUGGUAAGGUAGAUUUCAGGGACUUCACCGAAGAUCGCUACAACACCAUCGUAAAGUGGAAGACAGGUUACUACUCAUUCUACCUGCCUGUGGCGAUAGCAAUGUAUAUGAGUAGUAUAACAGAUGAUGACUCCCAUGAAAGAGCUCAGCAUAUCUUGCUACACAUGGGCAGAUAUUUCCAAAUACAGGACGACUAUUUGGAUUGUUAUGGAGAUCCAGAGGUGAUAGGGAAAAUAGGCACAGACAUUCAGGAAAAUAAGUGUAGCUGGUUAGUCAUACAAGCUCUGAAAAAAGCCACAGAAUCACAAAGAGAGAUUUUAGAGAAUAAUUAUGCAGACACUGAUCCCUCUAAAGUGCAAAAAGUAAAGGAUUUAUACCAAGAAUUAAAGCUGAAAGAACUGUACCAUGAAUUUGAAGAGGAGAGCUACACUGAACUGUUGACUUUGAUAGAGAACUUUAGUGGAAGCCUGCCAAAAUCAGUGUUCCAGGGCUUUGCCAAGAAAAUAUACAAGCGUGACAAAUAAGAAAAUAGUCUUAUAAAUAUAUAAAUUGGACCCAAAACUUAUACAUGUAGAACUUUUUUACAUAUAGGUAUUUACGUGCAUGUGUUCUAAUGUGUAGAAAUACCAUUUUGAGAUUUGUAUUGUUGUACUUUUAUCUGUAUACACAAGUACAUUGUAUACAAGUAUUGGCAAAUGUGAGUGGAUUUAAAAAAAUACUUUUAGCAUUUAUAUUUUUGGGAGAAAUGUUGAGAAAGAAUGUAAUGUUGUAUGAAAUCUUUUACUGUAUAAAAGUUUUAUAGUAAUUAUAUCCCUUUGCAUUUAGAAAGUAUGAACGGGGAAAAUGUAUAUGCAUUUAAAACGGUAAAAAAGGAAAAUACAGCAUAAUACUAGAAUGUAAUGCAAGACAUUUUUAUACAUGUGUACAUGCAUGUAUAUAGCUACAUGUAUGUUGAAAAAUUUACAUCAUGAUCAUCAAAUGAUAUUUUACUUUUUUUUGCCAUUGAUCAAUACUAGUCUAAUAAACUUAUUUAUGACAACAACAAAUUUUGAUAUUAUUCACAUUCAUGGACAUCACAUUAAUAUCAUUUAUAUCUUUUACCAUGCAGCCAGUUGUACAAUUUUGAACAAUUUGAAGGUAUUAUUUAAUAGACAUAUGAAUGUAAUCUUUAGAUUAUCAUCCAAUAAGUGAAGGUGAUAAACCUUUAUUUUAUGCUUUGUAUUACAGUACAUGUAUGUGAUUUUUUUUACCAGUAAAAUUAGAUGUUAAAUGGUCUCACAUUGAUAAAAAAUACAUUCCUAGCCUGGGAACAAUUUUUUGAUGCUUUUCACUUGAAUUUUCUGAUCAAUUGAGAAUUUUUAAUGGCCCACUAGAUAAAUCAGGAAAAGACAUUGGCCCAUAUUUUUGCUUUUCAUAAAACUAGCCCAAAUCCAAAAUUUGGAGUUUUUUUUUUAAUUGUUCUAUGUUUAUAUUUAGUUUAUUAUAUAUUUAUUGUUAUUACUAAUAAGAUAUUGGUAUUUAUCUCUACAAAAGAAGCUUUGUAUAUGUAAUUCUUUUAGAAUUAAUCUCUCCGGAUCCCAAGAUAUUUAUGCAGCACAUUUGUAGACAAUUUAAAAAAAAAAACCCACAUACUUGUGAAAGAAGUGUAAUUGAAACCGAUGGAAGGAAAAAUAUCGAAGAUAUCUUCAUUGACAUAUAAUCAUUUUUCAUUCUGAAAAAUUCAUACGAAGGAAAAGUUUUCUUACAGAGAUAUAUGAGAAAUGUUAACGGGUUUUCUCCAUUCAGAAGUCACUUUAAAUAUCUCACACAAUUUUUCAACAUUAUCAUCUGUGUACUUUCACCUCUUGCAAUGCAAUAUUCCUGAGGCUUUUUGUUUUUACCUGACAAGCUAUGGGGGGCUUUUCAAAAGGGAAAUCUUAAGAUUUUUUCAUACUAUUGAAUGAACAUCGUUUGAACCCAGAGGUACAUAUAUUUAUAAAUAUAGAAUAAUUUAAGAAAAUGUGCAGCAUAAAAAUAUUGGGAUAGACUUCUCUGUCAUCAGUAUGCUAGCUAGCAUUGAGUUAUCUCCCAUGUCAUGUGUAGACAUUUUGUCAUUAAUAUCAAUCAUGAAAUGUUGGCCUAAGCUUUUCUAUCUAUCUAAUAUAUCUCAUUCUCAAUUGAGUUUUUUGUUUUUUUUGAUUUUUUUUUGGGGGGGGGGGGGGGUGGGGAGUUGGCACAUUUUGAUGUACAUUAUAGUAACAGGAAAAGAAGUACAUCCAAUUCUAAUUUACAAAUAUUUUCAAUUACCGGUACUCUGCAUAUACAUGUAUUAUAGUGCCAUGACUGAACUAUAAAGAUCACAAGGACUAAUUUACUAGUUUUUUGUAAUGAUUUAUGGAUUUGUAAUGUACAUGUAUAGUUUUGUAAGUAAAGAUGGUUGCAUUUGAA